AUGACGAAUCCCAAGGGUACCCGGCGCGGAACGCGCUACAUGUUCGCCAAGGACUUCAAGAAGCACGGCAUCGAGCCCCUCUCCACCUACUACCGCAUCUACAAGCGUGGAGACAUCGUCGACAUCAAGGCCAACGGAGCUUUCCAGAAGGGCAUGCCGCACAAGGUCUACCACGGAAAGACCGGAACCGUCUUCAACGUGACCAAGCACGCCGUCGGUGUCAUCGUCAACAAGCGGGUACGCGGCACCAUCCUCCCCAAGCGCAUCAACAUCCGCGUCGAGCACAUCCGCCCCUCCCGUUGCCGAACGGACUUCCUGAAGCGCGUCAAGGAGAACGACGUCGCCCGUAAAGCAGCCAAGGCCGCCGGUCAACCCAAGCCCGUCCUGAAGCGUCUGCCGAAAGGACCCCGACCCGCCCACACCGUCAAAGUCGCCGAUUGCACCGAAACGCUUGCACCAUUGCGAUUCGAGAUAAUUGCC